UACAGUUGAGCAAUCGGACGUCAGUGGUAGCAGUUGUCGCGCUCACCGCCGUGAGGUGUGUUUACGGAAAUCUUUCGGGUGAACUUUUUGUUUUCCUUUUGAUGGCUUGUAUUAGUUAGAUCUCGUAUUUCGUUUCGCAGUGUCAUUAGAAUAAGAAUUUAUUUUAUUCCAAGAUUUGUACAUUUAUUCGCGAGUGCGUAUUGCCAAGAAUGGUUAUUUAAAGUACCUACAGAUCUUGCUGUCCUGCUGUAAAGAUAUGGCUGCAGGUGUUGUAAAGAGAGGUUAUGUGACUGGCAGUACUGCACAAGAUAUAAAUAUUCCAGCAGCAACUAAUAAAGCACCAGCUUUAACUUUAGAAAGUGAAGGAAGAAAAAGUGAAGGAAAGCGUACAACUCCAAAAAAAGUUCUGACAUCAUUGACUGCUGGAGCAGCUGCAGGUGCUGUAGCCAAGACUACUAUUGCACCACUGGAUAGAACUAAAAUAAACUUUCAAAUAACAAAUAAGCGCUAUUCUUUGAAAGAAGCACUUCAGUUCAUCAUUCAUAGUUACCGAACAUCUGGUUUCUUAAGCUUAUGGAGAGGGAAUUCUGCUACCAUGGCUCGUAUCAUACCUUAUGCAUCCAUCCAGUUUGCUGCUCAUGAACAAUGGAAACAUAUUUUAAAUGUUGAAACUUAUGAAGAAAGGAAAGCUAAUCCUGGAAAAUCCUUUAUAGCUGGAUCAUUGGCUGGAGUUGUAUCAACUACAUGCACAUAUCCUCUUGAUCUUGCCAGAGCACGCAUGGCUGUUACGCACAAAGAAAUGUACAACAGUUUAAAUCAAGUCUUUAUUAAAAUUUGGAGAACAGAAGGUUGUAGUACACUGUAUCGUGGCUUUACACCAACUUUGCUAGGUGUGAUACCUUAUUCAGGGACUAGCUUUUUCACUUAUGAGACUUUAAAGAGAUUACACAGUGAGCAAACUAAUAACAGUCCUCUUCACCCAUUGGAAAGACUUACAUUUGGAGCUGUGGCUGGUUUGUUGGGUCAGUCUGCUUCUUAUCCUCUUGAUAUUGUUCGUCGACGAAUGCAGACAGCAUCUGUGACUGGAAGUGUGUACAGCACCAUUAGAAGCACUAUAAAUAUAAUAAUUAAAGAGGAAGGUUUCAUCAGAGGAUUAUAUAAAGGAUUAAGUUUGAAUUGGAUUAAAGGUCCAAUCGCUGUUGGUAUUAGUUUUACCACAUUUGAUAUUGUGCAAAACUUCAUAGGAAAUAUAAGUUUUUUAUCUGAUAGGUAGUUAAAUGGAGAUGUAAUUAGCUCACAGAAUAGUGGCCAGAUCAGUGACUUUUAUCAGCCGUUGAGAUUUUAUGGAAAAGUCAAAUACAUAUACAUUGUUGUGUUUUACAUAUAUUUGAGUUUUCAGUAGUUUUGCAAUGCCAUGUAAAAAGUCUGUUAAUUUGUUACUGUAUAUGAUGUAUUAAUGUACUAGUAAUUUUGAAUUUUAUUUCUGUUCUGCAUUGUUUUAAAAAUGUUUAUACUGUGUUGAUAAGGAGGUGCUAUUUUCUCCAAAUAUGUUUAUUUACUAAUAUUAUAAAUAAAAUAUAUACUAAGAAAAUUUAUAGUAUAUUAUUUGCAAUGCCAAAAAAAAUUAUGUAUCAUUAUUUUUCCAUUGAAAUACAUUGUGCUUUUAUAUGCUUUUGAGAUUUUUUAAUUUUAUUCUUUCUAUUUCUUCAAUUUAAUUUAUAUGCUGGUUACGUGGUUUAAUUUUGUAAUAAUGUAGCUUUGAUGAUGCUUACCAUCGAGGCUGUGCAUUCGAUUUAAUUUAAAAUUAUAACCCAUAAGAAUUAAUUUAAAAUUUUCCAUACAAACAUUUAGUUUGAGCUUUGGGAAAACGUGAAAAUAUUUCAUCGUAUAUGGGGUAUUUAUAGAAAUUCAGAAUAUUCAGUUUUUGAGAGCAUUUUUUAAAUUCAGAUUUAAAUAUACUGAAGCCUUUUUUCGAUUGUCAUUAUGAGGCACGUCCAAUUGAAAGUGGGACUGCAAUAAUUUUCUACAAUGGUUUAUUAGUAUGAAUACCUAUAUACUUGUAAAUUGAAAGAGUUGUGAUAUUAUAUCACAGAUAUGCAUAUAUGUUUUAUAGCUGCAUAAAUAUACUGACCUUUUCGAUUAUGUACAAGAUAUCUGUGAGACAGUGAAUCAGAUGCUUGAAGCAAAUACCUAUUUGCAAAGAUUUCUAGCCUCAGUGAGAUAUUUAAGGACCUAUCUUGCACAUACUUUCUUAUUUUGCAAAUUCAAAGUAAUGUUGACACUUCCCUUGCUUAGAGAAAAGAUAUCUGCUAUCUCCUGUAACUGUUUGAUGGAUCUCCUUUACAAGGGAGUCCACUGUAGCAUUCAGCGAUUCUUCAGUAAAGACUAGGUGUAUUUGACUGGUAAGUCAACUAUAUUCAUACACCACCCAUGAUUAAGAGUACUGCAUCAUUGUAAAUCUACACUGCAUGACAUGUAUGCAGUCAAACAAAUAUUUUUAAUUUGACUAGGAAUGUUGGUUUCACUAUACCUUCAAGCAACAAAAAUUGGAUUACCGCACGCUAAGCCUGUUUAACCCUUUGCAACACGCAUAUUUAAAAUAUAUUUUAAUCUUUAAAAAAAUGCCUUAGAAUGAGUCAGAUGGACUUACUUAAGUGCCUUUAAGGCUUGAAAAAAAUUCUGCGCUUUUAGU